UAGGCAUCCAUGUAAGAGGAAUUGGCUGGGUUACAGCAGAGUUAAUUAUUAGUUUGCCUGUGGGAACAUUUGGAUCCAGCUGCACGUCACAUAUUUAACAAAGGAGUGUGCCUCUGCUGUCGUGGCCUCACAUUGGAUUGAGUCAUUCAGGAUGAGCACCAAGGUUUCUGUAAGAUAAAAACUUCGGAUGGGCAAGUACAUUUGGAACUGAUUUCAGAACACCUCCCUUCUAUUUUCAAACUGCUUGACUGGUGUCCUCUGGAAUUCAGAGAUUUCCUGAAUGAUAGUCCUAACUCUCCAUUCCAUGGCUUUCUACAAUGGUGUUUAGGUAAAACUACCAGAGAACAAGACAGAGAAUAGAAGAACUGAUGCUACUUCCAAGAAUCUGGAAUGAGACUGGUGCUGCAAGGUGGCAGGGGUCCUGUCGGAAUCUGUGAUCUACAGCUGCACUCAAGCUGUGGUUCCUACAUGGUGGUGGGUUCCCACUUCUGGAGCUUGCAAAGCCACCUAGCAUUUUCGAUAUCUGCAGGAGCAGCCUGAAAGGUGUGCGCCCUCGGGGAUGCGGCCUUGGGCGGCUCCUGUAGACGACUCAAUUUCUCUCAAGUGUCGCCAACUGGAGUGCCGCAGAAAUCGGAACAUCGGUACAGCGGCGCUGCUGUCAGGGGCCUCUGCACACGAGCAAUUGUUCUCCUCUCUCUCUCUUGAUGGGGGUGGGUGGAGCGUCUGCUGGUUCUGGCGUCGGGUGAGCUCGAACGUGUUGCUUCAGAUUCUAACAUCAAAACAGCAAUCUGUUGGUCCCCCUCUCACUGCGGAAAGGCUGACACCGCUCUCUGAGAGAGAGUCUGCAGCAGGUCAAAGUGCUGGGUUGUGGACCGUAGCUUUUUGUUGGACUAGAUCACAGGCUCUAGGAGCUUUGUUAAUGCUAGCUUGGUAUGUGGCAGAUGCUGAUGUUUCCUCCUCGAAUAAGUAGGUGGACGGGGAAGGGAGCAACCAUUCAUUGACUGUGGAUCAAAGAAGACAGCAGAAAUUGUGACCAUGGAGGCUGUGGGAAGCCCAGCAAUGACUUAUCCAUUCUGUCCUGAACAUGCCACCAACUGUAAUGACACAAGUUGCCUGGUGCCAGUCGACAACUUUAACAAGGUUUUGAACUUAAUUUUAAGCACUGUGCUGACAAUCCUCUUGGCCUUGGUCAUGUUUUCCAUGGGUUGCACUGUCGAAGCGAAGAAACUUUGGGGCCAUAUUAAGAAACCAUGGGGUAUCAGUGUGGGCUUUCUUUGUCAGUUUGGUAUAAUGCCCCUUACAGCCUUUGCACUGUCAACAGCCUUCAACAUUCACCCUGUUCAAGCAGUUGCUGUAUUAAUAAUGGGCUGUUGUCCUGGUGGAACUGGUUCUAACAUUAUGUCUUAUUGGAUGGAUGGAGACAUGGACCUUAGUAUCAGCAUGACAACAUGCUCCACAGUACUGGGAAUGGGAAUGAUGCCUCUUUGCCUCUUCCUCUACACAAGAACUUGGGUUGACUCAGAUGUCAUUCAGAUCCCUUAUGACAGCAUCGGUAUUACCCUAGCAAGCCUCCUAAUUCCUGUUGCUGCUGGAGUUUAUGUGAACCACAGGUGGCCAAAAAAGGCCAAAAUAAUAUUGAAGAUUGGCUCUAUUACUGGAAUGUUCCUCAUAGUCGGUAUAGCUGUGGCUGGUGCCUUACUGUAUAAAGGAUCCUGGGUAACAGCUCCUUCCCUGUGGAUCAUUGGGACAAUCUAUCCAGCUAUUGGUUAUGGACUAGGAUUUAUCUUGGCUCGCGUUGCUGGUCUGCCUUGGUUUAGAUGCCGUACUGUAGCUUUGGAAACUGGUGCACAGAACACGCAGCUCUGCACAACCAUCGUCCAAGUCUCCUUCUCGCCUGAGCAGCUCGUGCUCAUGUUCACCUUCCCGCUCAUCUACAGUGUUUUUCAAAUCAUGUUUGCAGCUAUAAUGAUUGCAGCUUAUCAAUUGUACAAAUGGCAUGGCAAGAGAACCAGAGGUGACUGCGAUAAACAAGAUGAUGAAGAAAACGUCAUAUCCUUUGCCAAUACAAAUGAAGGAUUUGAAGCAGAUGAAAAACUACCCAAAGGGGACUCCCACACAGAUGGGAAAUUACUCAAUGGCAUCUUGAAAGGAGGGCACCCAACGGAAGAAAAGUCAUCAACCCCUAGCUUGGACACAGGUACCAACCUGUAAGGGUGUUGCUUAUUAU